AAAAUUAGAAGGUGGGGACUGGACAUAGAGAAAAGAUGAAAAAUUGAAGGCUCUUGGUUAUACUUUGCUCAAAGGGCUCUAACUCUGAGCUUGGAGUAGAAACAGUCCGCACAGUAUAGUCAAGUAGAAUGUAAAGGGUGCCCCGGCUGACAACAGCCAGCAUGUGUCCCAGGGUGACCCUUGCCAGCUGGGACCGAGCCCCCGUGGCCACCAGCACCAUCAGCAAGCGCCAGUGGUUUGCCAGGAGGACGUGAUCGUGGGAAGACUGUUGUUUCGCGGUUAACACUUCCACCCAGCUCCAUGUGGGCAAACAUCCAAAUUAGACAAAACCGAUGGCCAGGCUACUGCUCUCUAUUUCCACAUCUGUUUAGGUUCCUCUUGGUUCUUGCUCCAGUCAUGAUUUCUGCAUUCGGACUCCUGGCUGAUUCGGCUCCUGCAGCUUUGUUUGUUUCUGGUCUUAACGGAGUGAGAUCCUUGGCUAAUAAAUAGCUACCUUCUCUGACGCUUGGCUCGCUUUAGCUGGCUGCCUUCAUUCCACCACAUGUGGUGGAACAUCGGUUCUCUGGGAUCCGAGUCUCUAUCCUGGGUGCAAUCCACAGAGCCAUACAGAUUGUACAAAUCCGGACGCUAAUUUCUGGGGGGAGCACUGAAACAACUGAAACAUUUGCUUUUAUAGAUAUCCUCAUUCUCCACUUGACAAGGUCAUGGAAGAUCUAGAGGAAACAUUAUUUGAAGAAUUCGAGAACUACUCCUAUAACCUGGAAUAUUAUUACUCCUCAGAGUCUGAUUUGGAGGAGAAAGCCCACCUGGGAGUUGUUCACUGGGUCUCCCUGGUGUUAUACUGUUUAGCAUUUAUUCUCGGCAUUCCAGGAAAUGCCAUUGUCAUUUGGUUCACGGGGUUCAAGUGGAAGAAGACAGUUACCACUCUCUGGUUCCUCAACCUGGCUAUUGCAGAUUUCAUUUUUCUUCUCUUCCUGCCUCUGUACAUCUCUUAUGUGGCCAUGAAUUUCCACUGGCCCUUUGGCGUCUGGUUGUGCAAGGCCAAUUCCUUCAUUGCCCAGUUGAACAUGUUUGCUAGUGUGUUUUUCCUGACGGCGAUCAGCCUGGACCGUUAUAUCCACUUGAUCCAUCCCAUCCUAUCUCAUCGGCACCGAACCCUCAGGAACUCCCUGAUUGUUAUUAUAUCUGUUUGGUUUUUGGCUUCUCUAAUGGGUGGUCCUGCCCUCUACUUCCGGGACACUCUGGAGUUCAAUAACCACACUCUUUGCUAUAACAAUUUCCAUGAGCAUGAUCCUGACCUUAUUUUGAUGAGGCACCAUGUUCUGACCUGGGUGAAAUUUAUUGUUGGGUACCUCUUCCCCUUGCUAGCAAUGAGCGUUUGCUACUUGUGUCUCAUCUUCAAGGUGAAGAAGCGAAGCAUCCUGGUCUCCAGUAAGCAUUUCUGGACCAUCCUGGCUGUGGUCAUGGCCUUUUUGAUUUGCUGGACUCCUUAUCACCUGUUUAGCAUUUGGGAGCUCACAAUCCACCACAGCAGCUACUUCCACCACGUGCUUCAGGCUGGCAUCCCCCUCUCCACUGGCUUGGCAUUCCUCAAUAGUUGCUUGAACCCCAUCCUUUACGUCCUGAUUAGUAAGAAGUUCCAAACUCGCUUCCGGGCCUCAGUUGCUGAGAUCCUAAAGCACACACUGUGGGAGGCCAGCCGUUCCGGCACAGCGAGCGAACAGCUCAGGAACUCUGAGACCAAGAACCCGUGUCUCCUGGAAACAGCUCCGUGAGUUAUCAGUAGAAGGCUUUUGCUGGCGGGGGGCGGGGGGGGGGAUUGCCCUGACCAAUGCUUUCAGAUUAUUUGGUUUCCAAGGUAUGGUAAUAACCAUCUCUUUCUGUUAAUCAGUUUAGUGGCAUGACAUUUUUGUGUGGGUAUAGAAUUUAAGAAAGAUCUUCAUUUUUCCCCCUGCAAAUUAAAUUAUCUGUCAUUCUUGUUAAUUAUACCAUAGUGGAUUAGUCACCACUGUUGAUGUAAUAUCAGCUAUGAUUUUUUUAAUCUUAAUGACUUUGAAGUUCUAAAUCUGAAUAUUAAGUAGAUGAUUAAUUCAUUUCAAAAAUGCUAACGUAUGUGCUUAAGCUCACUUUAAUUUUGCGCCGGUAACCUUAUUAGACAUAUUUUUAAAAUGCAACAUGUACCUAAUUUCUUUAUUUCAUGAAAUCUAUGUACAUACAUUUAUAUAUUACAGUAGUAGUUGAUUAUAGUAAUUGAAAACAUUGUGAACUAUUCAUAUUUAGUGAAGUGUCCCAGAAUCUAGUUGCUUAAAAUGACAGUUUAUUAUUAUAAUAUCUCACAAUUCUGAGUCAGAAACUCAAGGCACAGAAAGGGGGUUCAUCUCUCCGCAUCACAAGGUCCAGAACAUCAUCGGGACUGGGAUGACCCAAAUGGCCAAGUUUUGGAACAGCUUGUCUCCUCUGCCCUACUGUCCCUUCUCUUCUUUUUCUUCACACAGCUCGUCCAGUAUGGUAGCUCAGGGUAGCCAGACCUCUUACGUGGCAAUUUAGGGCUCUAAGAGACCAAAGGGGACAUUUCUAGUCCUUUUAAAGCCUCUGCCCACCCCUGACAUGGUAUCACACCCGCUGUCCUCUCUUGGUCAAACUAGUCAUGGGCCAGCUCAUGUUCAAGGGGAGGUGACAUAGACCCUACCUGCCAAUGGGGAUAUGCUCCUAUCUCUAAUCCCUCAUGAAAUCAUUAUCAAUAUUAACAUUCUUGGGAAAUUCUGGGUAUGUGCAAGUAUGUAUAAGAUUGCUGUAAACACAAAACCCAGCCCAUCUCGGAAUGAUUUCAGAAAAAGAGAGCACGUAUGACAUUGAUCUAUUUCUACCUUCUAUUCCUCUGUGUAGACGUAGACAUCAGUACAAGACCAAUAAAGCAUAUCUUUAAGUCAAUAACCUCUUCAACUUUAGAAAGCAUUUCAUUUGCUGUAAUUUCUUGAUUUUAUUUUGAAAGUUGGGAGGGGAGCAUGUGAUUUCUUGAAUCAGCAUCCUUUUUUAUUUCAUCUCUCAGCUUUUGGAAAUGCCAAUCUCGGAUCACCUGUUGGCUGUGUUCUUUACUGCUAGUCCAUAGCAAUAAUCAGAUCUGGUUUCGGAAAUUAUUCCCCAAAAAUGUGUGGCAUAACUCAGCAUAUCCCAAACUUCUGUCAUCCCCAAAUUUCAUGGUUUCUGCCACACCCAGUAUGGAGGGAAGGCAGGGAGAGAAGGGCUCAUUGUGAGUGUCUGUCCCCUCCACCAGGGGUUUAGGACAUUCCCCUCUGGGUUUAGGACAUUCCCCUCUGGGUUCCCUGUCCCCGUCAAGGGACAGGCCCUGAUUUCCCAGGAUCAGGAGAGAAGCUGGAGGAUCGAAAAUAAAGAGAAUUCCUUAGGCUCAUCCUUAGUUUGAGCAGAUGGAGAGAUUCUCAAGGCUGUGGGAGAAGGAGGAGGGUGAGGAGCAGGAAGGGGAUUAGGCAACCCAGGGCAGAAGGAAAUGACGGACAGGUGGUGUUACCACCUAGGAAGCCAGAGCUCACCAAAGGCCUGUGAAAAUAUUUGAGAUCUUAAAAAAAAAUAUGAUUGGCUCUAGAAUACAAAAAAGGAAACUUGAAAAGUCAAAAUUCAUAAAUCUUUAAUCACAUGUCUAUAAAAUACAUCUUUAUGUCAAUCAGUCAAAUGAAAUAUUUCAUAGUUAUAUAAAAAUAUAUUUCAUAUGGACUUUCAGUAUGUUUCGGUGUUUGAUAUGAGGAGUGAAACUUCCAAAAAAAUGCUUUAAGGAAGGUCUACAAAGGUCUUUUUUUUUUUUUUUUAGAUUUUAUCAA